CACGACAAACCGGCCUGCCUCGGCUCAACAAGGGGAGUGAUGCGCGGCUGUUGCUGAAGCUUCUGGCAUUGUACCUACGUCGCAUUAAAACAACACGGGGCAGACUCUCUGGAUGUCUCUACUACACACAUUUUGGUCGGUUUAAGAAGGUGUUUCCGUAACGUUCGUUAUACUAAUGUUAGUUAGCUAACGACCGCUAGGCACAAAGGCGUUCAGUCAGCUACUAGCAGAGGUUAGCUAACGGUAACUAGCCAGCUAACAACACAGCCGAUGAGGACGAGCACAUCCUCGCGCAGCCAUACUCGGGUUAAGCUCUGCUGACUCGCUCUGUGGGUUAGCUGUUAUGCGGUAGUACUUUAUCCGUUACCUAAGUCAAGUGGUUGUAUUAACAGUUACCACUCAUGACUAGGAUACUUGAAGCAACACUUAUGUAUAGCUGGUUCGUUGGCAUGUUCUUCAGCUAGCCACGGCGGAGCUUCGGUCUCAUACAGGGAUGUGGCGGUAGCAAAACAAGCUAACGCUACUCCUGUCUCCUGGCGAAGAAGUGAGGAAACACUUCAGCCAAGCGGGAGUUCUCGUUUAUGUUUAUUGUAAUGCCAGAGUGGCUGACACGAGGACGAAUUUGACAUUCCUUGAACACAACUGAACUAAAACUGGGAAUAUCGCUAACGGAUCGAAGGGAUUAUUUUUGUGUCUCUUAAGUGGAUUCGGCCUCCUGCUCAGGAUCAUCGUGGGAACACAGUGAGUGUAUUGACAUUGAGUGAGCCUAAAUAUCCUCUCUCCCGCCGACCUUCACUCUCCGAUGCGGAGAUUUCAGUAGCACCGGCAACCAAAUCCCCUACGGCGGCCGGACAUGCUGAAGUGUAUCCCCCUGUGGCGCUGCAACCGCCACGUCGAGUCGGUGGAUAAGCGACAUUGCAACUUGCAGACAGUCCCUGAUGAGGUAUUUCGCUACAGUCGCAGUUUGGAAGAGCUUCUUCUAGAUGCCAACCAACUCAAAGAGCUACCAAAGCCUUUCUUCAGACUACUGAACCUACGGAAGCUUGGCCUGAGUGACAAUGAGAUCCAGAGACUCCCUCCUGAGGUGGCCAACUUCAUGCAGCUGGUGGAGCUGGACAUCUCCAGAAAUGACAUUCCUGAGAUCCCCGAGAGCAUUAAGUUCUGCAGAGCCUUGGAGAUUGCAGAUUUCAGUGGAAACCCCCUGUCCAGAUUGCCGGAUGGUUUCACUCAACUCCGAGCGCUGGCUCACUUGGCACUCAACGACGUGUCAUUGCAGACGUUGCCCAACGACAUUGGAAAUUUGGCCAACCUUGUGACGUUGGAGCUCAGGGAGAACCUGCUGAAGUCUCUGCCCACGUCGCUCUCAUUCCUGGUCAAACUGGAACAGCUGGACCUGGGCAGCAAUGAACUGGAAGUUUUGCCGGACACCCUCGGUGCUCUCCCCAACCUGAGGGAGCUUUGGCUGGACCGUAACCAGUUGUCAUCAUUACCACCAGAGCUGGGGAACCUCCGGAGACUGGUGUGUCUGGAUGUGUCAGAGAAUCGUCUGGAGGAGCUUCCCUCAGAGCUGAAUGGCCUCCUGGCUCUCACUGACCUGCUGCUCACACAGAACCUGCUGGAGGACGUCCCAGACAGCAUAGGCUGCCUGAAACAGCUGUCCAUCUUUAAGGUGGACCAGAAUAGACUGACCCAACUGACUGAUUCAUUAGGAGAGUGUGAAAACCUCACAGAACUCGUCUUGACGGAGAACCUUUUACAGUCACUUCCUCGCUCGCUGGGCAAGCUAAAGAAGCUGACCAACCUGAAUGUAGAUCGCAACCGCUUGGGCAGCGUGCCCAAAGAGCUGGGCGGCUGUGCCAGCCUCAACGUUCUCUCGCUGAGAGACAAUCGCCUGGGCAAAGUGCCUGCUGAGCUUGCAGAUGCCACUGAGCUGCAUGUGCUGGAUGUGGCUGGAAAUAGAUUACAAAACCUGCCUUUUGCCCUGACAAACCUCAACCUGAAGGCCAUGUGGCUCGCAGAGAACCAGUCGCAGCCGAUGCUCAAGUUCCAAACAGAAGAUGAUGAGCAGACCGGGGAGAAGGUGCUGACCUGCUAUUUACUGCCCCAGCAGCCUUCUCCGAGCCUCGAGAACUUGCUGCAGAACAGUGUGGACGACAGUUGGACGGACAGCAACCUGAACCGAGUGUCCGUCAUUCAGUUCCAGGAAGAGACCAAGGCUGAGGAAGACGACGAUGAGGCUGCUGCAGAGCGCAGAGGCCUUCAGCGCAGAGCCACACCGCAUCCUAGUGAGCUGAAGGUCAUGAAGAAGGUGAUUGAGGAGAGGAGGAAUGAAGCUUACACAUCCAGAGCUGAUGGAGAAGAAGAGUCCCCUGAUUCACAGGAGAAACGGCUCAGUGACCUUUCCAAUCAGAGCCGCGACUCCCAUGUGUCCAAUAGCACGCUGUCGGCCACCUCCCAUGAGGAAAGACAUAAUGCGACUUCAGCAUCUCAAAAGGAGGACCUUGUAGACGGCCACUCCCCUCAUGAUGAGGACGAGCUGGACGAGAUGGAGGUGGAGUACAUUGAGCCUACUGUGCACUUUGCAGAGGAGCCCAUCAUCCGUGGUUUGGAUGAGGACGACAGGGAGGAGGGGGAAGACGGUGAGAGGAGUGACGAGGACGAGAGGCCCACUUUUCCCGCGGAGAAGCAGCGUCUGAUCAGAAAGGACACGCCACACUACAAGAAGCACUUCAAGAUCACCAAGCUGCCCAAGCCCGAGACUGUGGCCGCGCUGCUGCAGGGCUUCAACCCUGACAGCCUGAACUCACCCACACAGCCCGCUGAGGACGAGGUGGAAGAGCAAAGUAUAUGCACCCCUCAGCACCAUCACAGAAUAGAGGGGCUUGAAGACAGUCGGCUCCAGGUCAACUCCAGUCAAGUAAAGGGGGUGUCAUUUGAUCAAGUCAAUAAUCUGCUGAUUGAACCUGCUCGAAUUGAGGAGGAAGAGCACACGCUGAACAUCAUGCGACAAACUGGCGGCCUGGGAAUCAGCAUUGCUGGAGGGAAAGGAUCUACACCUUACAAGGGAGACGAUGAGGGAAUAUUUAUCUCCAGAGUAUCUGAAGAGGGUCCUGCAGCCAGAGCGGGGGUUAAAGUGGGAGACAAACUCCUCGAGGUGAAUGGAGUGGACCUCAACGAAGCAGAACAUCACACAGCGGUUGAAGCUCUUCGUAGCUCCGGUGCUACAGUUUCCAUGUCGGUGCUGCGCGAGCAUAUGGUGGAGCCAGAGAACGCCAUCACCACCACGCCACUGAGGCCAGAGGACGAUUACUUCCCGCGGGAGAGACGGAGCAGUGGGAUCGCCUUCAACUUGGAGACGGCUCCCAGCGGGCCUCAACAGCGGCUCUCCACCUGCCUGAUCCGGAACGACAAGGGGCUGGGGUUCAGCAUCGCAGGGGGCAAAGGCUCCACGCCCUUCCGCACAGCAGACACGGGAAUCUACAUCUCCCGCAUCGCAGAAGGGGGAUCGGCACACAGAGACAGCACACUGCAUGUAGGCGACAGGGUGAUCUCUAUCAAUGGUGUAGACAUGACAGAGGCCAGGCAUGACCAGGCAGUAGCACUCCUUACCGGCACCUCCCCCACCAUCUCCCUCCUGGUGGAGCGAGACCUGAAUGCACCAGGGGGCUCUCCAGGUCAAUCCCGGGCACGAGCCCAUUCUCCUCCACCCCCAGAACCAUCAGAUUCACCAGACCAGGAGGAGGACGGCCUGACCCUUCAUGGGAACAACCUGAGCCGGAUGGAGGACGAGUAUCCCAUCGAGGAAGUGAUCCUGGUGAAGUCCGGUGGCCCUCUAGGCCUGAGCAUCGUGGGAGGCAGUGAUCAUGCCAGCCACCCGUUCGGCAUCAAUGAACCCGGGGUGUUCAUCUCAAAGGUGAUUCCUGAAGGUCUCGCAUGUGAAAGUGGACUGCGUGUUGGGGACAGAAUAUUAGAAGUGAACGCCAUCGAUCUGCGUCACGCCACACACCAGGAAGCUGUGCGAGCGCUGCUGGCCAACAAGCAGGAGAUCUGUAUGUUGGUACGGAGGGACCCUUCACCGCCUGGGAUGCAGGAAAUUGUGAUCCAGAAGCAGCCAGGGGAGAAGCUUGGCAUCAGUAUUCGUGGAGGAGCCAAGGGUCAUGCAGGAAACCCCUUUGACCCCACAGAUGAAGGCAUCUUCAUCUCUAAGGUGAGUUCGAGCGGUGCAGCAGCGAGAGACAGCCGGCUGCAGAUUGGGAUGCGUAUCCUCGAGGUGAACAACCACAGCCUGCUGGGGAUGACGCACACCGAAGCAGUGCGGGUGCUUCGAGCUGUCGGAGACUCUCUGGUCAUGCUGAUGUGCGACGGGUUCGAUCCACAAAAAAUGACUGGUGUGGAGGCGUCUCCCGGCAUCAUUGCCAACCCAUUUGCAACGGGCAUUGUCCGUAAGAACAGCAUGGAAAGCAUCUCUUCUAUAGACCGAGACCUGAGCCCGGAGGAGAUGGAGAUCAUGCAGAAGGAGUCUGAGAUGGUGAGAGAGACCUCACAGUGGGAGCGAGAAGAGAUGGAAAAAGUGGAGCGUAUGCGCUUGGAGCGUGAGGAGGCAACUCGCCUGCUCGAAGAGGAGACUGAGAACAUUGGCACUGGACCUCUAAAACUUGACUACAAAACCCUGGCGGCUCUGCCCACCACCAGUCUCCAGAAGCUCAACAGAUUCUCUACUUCUGUAAGUCUGACUGCUCCCAUGGAGGCUCCCCUGCAGGUCCAGUACGGAGCUCCUUUAGAGCCUCUGGGCUUCGGCUUAGCCCACCCAACAGAACCCCUCAACCACAUGGACCCCGAGUCCUGCCCCAGUCUGAACACAGAGCACGAUUAUCUUCAUGGAUCCCAGUUCUCCCCUAAUGGGACCGCGACUACUGACAGUGCCGGCUCAUCAACAACCAUUAAUUCGUCAACAUUUGCACCUGAAGAAGAGGAAGAAGAGGAAAACCUGGUGGACUCUCAGCCUAUCUGCUUCAAAGAGAACCCUUUCUUGGUGGCCAAUCGCAAAGGAAAAGGUCGUCCGUCUGGAGAUCAGCUCCUGUCAGGGCCUCCGGUGGGCUACGGGAAGCAAGGCCAACUAAAGCCCUGGUUGUUCAGCAAGGCGCCUCCUUCUGAUUUCACCAGGACUGAGAGCCCGAUUAGGGAAGCACCUUACUCUCCCACCAUCCAACCGCCCAGCCACCACUAUUCCAACAGCUCCCUGUACGCAGGCAGGGAGACCCGCUUCGCAAACCUUCAUUACACUUCCACUCCAACUGCCAUUGACAACACUUCAUCAUCAACACGACCCGGUGCCAUCCAGCCAGUCGGGCGCGCGCGGCAGAGUCCCUCCCCCGCCACUCCGGACGGCCACAGUCCUAACCCCUUCCAGCAUGGCCCCUCCCCCUUCAACUCCCAGACCUCUCCUCGCGCCCCCUCCCCCACCUCGCCCGACGAGUUCCCCAUGAAUGUGAAGCAGGCAUACAAGGCGUUUGCCGCCGUGCCUCGCUCACUGGCAGUGCUGGAGCCGCCGCAGGACCUGUAUGGUGUGAGGAACAAUUUCCACCCGAUGCAACCUUCUCCAGAGAGUCCUUCUCCUGGCGGUAAGGGCAGCCCGGAGCAGCGCUCUUUCAGGGACAGACAGAAGUAUUUUGAGAUUGACGUGAAGCAGCAGACACCAGAGAAACCCAAACCUCGAGUGUCUCUUGUUGGAGAAGACGACCUCAAGAAAAUGAGGGAAGAAGAAGAGAGGAAGUUUGAGCAGCGGGCGCGAGAGUACCUGAUGGAUGAGGAAGAGGACGAUGAGGAGGAGGACCUGGCUAAGCAGGUGGCGCAGAUGAAGGCCACUGGCAAGGUGUUGCUGGAUGGAGUGGAGUACAACGUGGAGCCAGUAUCCACCCCAACCCAGCACUGCGCCACACCACAAAGCUACAACGUCACGCCACCGAGCUACUGUGGCAGCUCAGGGCCUUCUUCUGUUGAUGGUAAGGGAGAGUCUCAGAGGAAUUCCCUGGAAGACAGCUUCAGGCUAGAGCAGAGGCCUAACUCCAUGACUGGUCUGAUCCCAUCGUACACCGGGGACUCUGCGGCUCCCAUCCGCACAGCCAAAGCAGAGCGCCGACAUCAAGAGAGACUCCGAAUGCAGAGCCCCGAGCUGGCUGUGGCCCCCGACAAGGACAUGUCCCCUGCUGAGAAACGAGCUCUGGAGGCUGAGAAGAGAGCCAUGUGGAGGGCGGCACGGCCCUGCGGCCUAGAGGAGGAUGUUAGGCAGUAUGAGCAGGACCUGGCUAAGAGGCUCUACCAGGCCAGAGUGAGGGCAUCUCAGGGCACGGUCGAGGCCCCCCAGCCCCCCACCUCUUCCUCCUCCUCUGCAGCCUCCCAGCUCAGAAUGAAGUCUCUGGAGCAGGAUGCACUGAAAGCACAGAUGGUCAUCGCCAAGUCUCGGGACGGAAAGAAACGUGGCACACUAGACCAGCUGACGGAGUCUCCCUCGCCCGCACCCACACCCUCUCCCACACCUAUGGAAGAGCUCAAUCCUCGAGGAGUAACCUCUCCGGGCCGGCUGUCCCUGUCGUCAAAGAAGUUUGACUACCGACAGUUCGCUGCCAUUCCUUCUUCCAAACCCGUAUUCGACAUCCAGUCCCCUGACACAGUCGAUGACCUGCAGUUCAUCGACGACGGCUCCAGCAACCCAAUGCCCGCUGCGAGCCCUGAGGCCGAGGUACCCGCACCGCUGCCUGCCACCUCAGCCCUGGAGGAGAUGGCCCUGUACAGCAACAAGCGCAAACUGAGGCAGGGCCGCCGCAGCCUGGAAACCGCCGUGCCCACGUAACACCUCACACCGAGAGAAGAAAGCCGAAGACAUGAUGUGAACACACACACACACACACACACACACACACACUGCGGAACACACGAGUGCAUCCACGGGGCGCAGAGUCACUAAACACUACACACAGUCAGUAGAGCGAGAUUUACUCUCCCAUAUAUAACCACUGCAGAGACUACGACACUGAUAGUACAUUCACUUAUAUCCUGCGUGCCAGUCUUGCCUAUACAGUCUGUGGAUGAGUUGGCAAGUUGCUCAACAAGGGCAAGAACGAGCUAAUGUGGUUAGCUAGCUAUUGCUACUUACAGAUCAUUCUUUUUUUGUUGUUGUACACUCUGUUAACCAAGUAGAAUUUUAUCUAUUUAAAAAAAAGAGGUGAUCGAAGUUUUUAGUUAUUUUUAAUUUUGCACCUCAAAUGAUUUUGCUGUUUUAAAAAAAACAUACUGGAAGAGAAAAGAAAUGGGUCAUAGCUAUACUAACUUCUUGAAUGAUAUUUUUAGGCUUUCAGUGAAUAGAUUGUAAAAUGUCAGGGGUUUCUUGAGACUUGGGCAGACAGGAGUGUAUAUAUUAAUUGAGGAGGGAACAUCCUGCUAUCUUCAGUCACAAACUGUGGAGAGCUUUUAAAAAAACAACAAUAGUACAUAUCUUUUUUGCACUGCCACCUAUCAGCUUUUUAAGAACUUAUAUCUUAAAUAAUUUAUUGUUUUUAGCGUUUUACUCAAAUUGAAGGCCUUCCGUUUUUAACCUCUCGUCCUUUUUGGCACGCAUGACUGCUUAUAAUUUAUCUUCAAAUACAUGUCAAAGCUUUCAAUUAAUUAAUUGCAUAUCACUUUAUACACACUUGUGAAUUCACCAGGCAUUUUAGAGAGAAGCAUAUCUACAAAUUAGAUUGCUUGAUAGCUGUUUCACAUCAGGUCACGGGUCAUGACUGUUACAUUUCCCUUGGAGAGAAUAAUUACACUGGAGGCAGCAGCAUAACAGAUCACAAUAUCAAAGUUUGGAAACGUGCAGCAUUUAUUAAUUAACGGUACUCACCCUGCCCUGUUGAGGGCAUUUUUUUUUUAUCAAUGUGAAUCAUUCAUUUAUAUCCUUGAAUUAUCUGGAGGUAUUCCAGAGUGACGUGAAGGUAGCAGGUGUUUUAUUUUUCUGUCUAUGGUUAAUUUAAAUCUGACGCCACUGAAAAAUUUAUUAUCGUGUGAAUAAUGUACAAAUACUGAAAGGAAAGCAAACUUUGGGUUUGAAACUGAGCCAGUCUUGACCCAGACCAAGCUAGUGUCUGGACUGCUGACGCAUCUGGGUUUGGACAGGCUUGGUAUUGGGAUGCUCUCUGCAUGUAUAUUGGUUUGUUAAUGGAAGAGCUGCGAGAGGCAGAACCAAUUAGAAAUCCCUCUUAAAGACAUUGUUCUCAUUCAGUUCGCUGCUUGACAUCCUGUCAGUUUAUAUAUCUGAUGGGUAUUUCUGCAGAAUCACAGCAUAGUAGCAUUUGUGUUAAUUUAAUGUAGGGUCUUCUAAUCAUAGCUUUCCAUGUUGCUCUCACUGACUGAAAUUCAGUUUGUUUGAUACCAUUUGCAAUGGCUGAUAUCUCUUUCUUUUUUUACUUGCAGUAGGUAAAUCUUUUUUUCAGAUUGGUUUCACUACAUAAUGCGGUGUUUCAAGUUUUUGUGUUUUUUCUUUUGUCUUGAGUUCUCUUUGGGGGCUUUUACUUGCAAAUAUGUCAGAGGGAAAGGGGUCAGAAGUCCUAGGGUCAAGGGUUAGAGCUCAUGCAAGACUGUAACUAGUGAAUUUGUACAACCAAAGAAGUCUAUUUUGUGGUUCAGGAAUAAUAAAUUUUACUUUUCAUUUAAGAAGCUGA